ACCCGUGGCUGAGAAGGAGGCCUGAGAGCGACAUGUCCCCGGCGGCUGAGGCAGAGCGGCUCGUGGCGCUGUUUUUCUGAGUCGGGGCGGCCUGGCGGCCGGCUGAGGACGAGGGUCGGCGGAGGCUGCCCUCGCUGUGGUGGCCGCCAUGCUGGGGGCCCGGGCGGUUGAGGGAGCCGCCGUGGCGCUCCUGCGACUGCUACUGCUGCUGCUGCUGCCGGCGCUCCCGGGGCCGGGGCUCGGCGUGGUCGGCUCGGCGGGGGCCGGGCUCCCCGAGAGCGUCAUUUGGGCGGUCAACGCGGGCGGCGAGGCGCAUGUGGACGUGCACGGGAUCCACUUCCGCAAGGACCCUUUGGAAGGCCGGGUGGGCCGAGCCUCUGACUAUGGUAUGAAACUGCCAAUCCUACGUUCCAACCCGGAGGACCAGAUCCUGUAUCAAACAGAGCGGUACAAUGAGGAGACUUUUGGCUAUGAAGUGCCCAUUAAAGAAGAGGGGGACUACGUGCUGGUGUUGAAAUUUGCUGAGGUCUACUUUGCACAGUCCCAGCAGAAGGUAUUUGAUGUGCGAUUGAAUGGCCAUGUCGUGGUGAAGGACUUGGAUAUCUUUGAUCGUGUUGGGCACAGCACAGCUCAUGAUGAAAUCAUCCCUAUGAGCAUCAGAAAGGGGAAGCUGAGUGUCCAAGGGGAGGUGUCCACCUUCACAGGGAAACUUUACAUCGAGUUUGUUAAGGGGUACUAUGAUAAUCCGAAAGUUUGUGCACUCUACAUCAUGGCUGGGACAGUGGAUGAUGUACCAAAGCUGCAGCCUCAUCCAGGACUGGAGAAGAAAGAGGAGGAAGAGGAAGAAGAAGAAUACGAUGAAGGGUCUAAUCUCAAAAGACAGACCAAUAAGAACCGGGUGCAGUCGGGCCCCCGCACACCCAACCCCUAUGCCUCAGACAACAGCAGCCUCAUGUUUCCCAUCCUGGUGGCCUUCGGAGUCUUCAUUCCAACCCUCUUCUGCCUCUGCCGGUUGUGAGAACAAACACCAUCCUGAACUGGGUGGAGGGGUGAGGGAAAGAAACCAAACAUACUGGUUUUGGUUUCUGUAUUUUUUCACAGUGAUUAACAAAAC